UAGUCUUUCCUCUUGAUUCUACAUAACAAACAAUCUUCUCCUUCUACUCAUCUCAAUACCCAUUAUCAAGCAAUUUUGAAGCAUUUUGAAACUCCUUUUUGAAGAAUCUAUACCCCACCCCCUAAACUACAUUCAAGAUGCCUAUGUUCGAAGACUACGACCUUGUCCAGGCUUCUGAGAAGCAGGUGAGGAAGGUGGCUUCCAUGACCAACGCCAACGGCAAUGGCAAUGGAGCAGACCAAGCAGUAGAGCAUCACUUAGGCCACGAUUCACUAGCAAUUCCCGGCGAGCACGAUGACGGCCCGAUCGAAGUUCCUGCCUCAAGAUCAUCUAUCUCUGAGGCUGCUAAAUACAUGCACACUUUGAGCGCCACACCAUCCAUGAAGGAGAGACGAGGCUCUCGUAACUCCUUCGGUUCCACUCUCCCCAUCCCCAGAUCUAAGAGACAAUCCCGUCUAUCUUCGGUCCACUACCCCGAUGGAGAUGAGUCCCUUACCCGUCCCACGCGCCCGGGAAUGCCCCCUGUCCAGGCUUCGCGUGCUAUCUUAGCUUCACAAGUCCAGAGCGUUGAAGUCGAGAAGGUGAAGAAGGCCAAGAACAUGGCAUUCGCUUUCGAUAUCGACGGUGUCCUGGUCCACGGUGACCGUCUUAUCCCCGAAGGCCGUCGUGCGCUCGAAAUCCUAAACGGUGACAACGAGCUCGGUAUCAAGAUCCCCCACAUCUUCCUGACAAACGGAUCGGGAAAGCCUGAACAGGCUCGCUGCGACCAACUUGCCAAGAUCUUACAAAACCCUGUCAACAUCGAGCAAUUCAUUCAAUCACAUACCCCUAUGAGUGCUCUCUCAGAAUACUACAACACCGUUCUAGUCGUUGGUGGCGAAGGCUACAAAUGCCGUGAAGUUGCUGAGAGAUACGGCUUUAAGGACAUCGUUGUCCCCAACGAUAUUGUUGCCUCCGACCCAUCCAUCGCCCCUUACCGGGUAUUCACUGACGAAGAGCGAGCCUCCUCCCGACCGCGGGAUUUCACAAAGGUUAACAUUGAGGCUAUCAUGGUCUUCUCCGACUCUCGAGACUACGCUACAGACAUGCAAAUCAUUAUGGAUCUCCUGCGCUCUGAGAACGGUCGCUUGGGAACUAUGGCUAAGGACCCUGUUUCCCAGCGCAUUCCUAUCUACUUCUCCCAAGGUGACCUUUUGUGCCCCACUGAGCACUGGACACCCCGUAUGUCUCAGGGCGCAUUCCGUAUCGGCCUUGAGGCCAUGUACAGAGCUCUUACUGGUGCCGACCUCGAGCGUGUCGUCUACGGCAAGCCUGAGACUGCCACCUACAAGUACGCUGACGAGGUUCUCGCCUCGUGGAUGGAGCAACUUCACGGCGAGGAGAAGUUACCUGAGAACAUCUACAUGAUCGGUGAUAACCCGGCGUCUGACAUCAUCGGUGGCAACAUGUACGGUUGGAACACUUGCCUUGUCCGCACUGGUGUCUUCCAAGGCGGUGACAACGACGAGAACAACCCAGCCAACUUUGGUGUAUUCCCCAACGUUCUCGAGGCCGUCCAAACUGCUCUACGGAAGCAGCUAGGCGACGACUUCAAGAUGCACUUUGACGAGAUGAUCAACCCUGUUCUCCACGCAGACGCAGCUGAUGCUGCCGCUGUCAUAAUAUAAUGACGGAACGAUGAAUAUCUUUUGUUUUUUGGGAAGGGCGUUAAAUGGGGGGAAACUUGACGAAUUUUCUUGGAUAUUUAGGAUUUUAACGACAUCAUAUCAUCAGCAUUGACUAACCAUCAAGCAUGACAAACUUAGAGAGAUUGGAAAGACUGACAACCUCCUGGAGAGACAUUUAGAGAUUUUUUCUUUUGGCAAAUUCAACCACCUUCUUACGGCUUGUGUGGU